AUGAUUCUAGAAGAGCUUGCAGGUCUUAGAAGCCAACGGUCCAAGAUACGCAUCGAGUUCUAUGAAUUGGUAGCAAAGAAAGCCCGAAUGAUCGCGGAAGAGUUGAUCUCCAAUCAGGACUGGGUAGGGAAGUCCGACGAUGACAGACCGUCACGGGUUCACCAUGAACUCGAAAGGGCGCACCUUGAAGAUCGCUCCAAUCCCUUGAACGGUCUCCUUCAUGCCGCCGAAAAUCUAAUGGAAAAUCUUCAAAAGUGCCAGGACGCAAACAACAUCGACUCACUCUUGGUCGUCGUGUUUGACGAUGCGUCAAGCUUAAUGAGACAUGGGCCUGGUGACAAACCACAUCCCGGACUAUAUGUGGCGCUCAAUCGAAUCAUCAGUUGUCUCAAGCAGCUUCGUGUGUGGUCGUUCUUCCUCUCCACAGAAUCUCUCAUCGGACACCUUGUACCGCCGAACAACGCUACGCGGACUGGUAACUACCAUCAAGACAUGUCUGCUCGUUUGAGCACUGAAGAGGCCAACACGGAGCUAGAACGCUUUCCCCCAUUUGAUCCAAUCCUCAGGAAAACAGAGCUCCUCAAGCCGUUGAAGACAUUUGUGGAGCCAAAGUACAUGGCCCUAUUCGGCAGGCCUCUCUGGUACGCAUAUGGAGAUCAGCUCGAGCAUAUGGCUAAAGUGGCCAGAUUGAAGCACAUUGGUGGUCAGCAAGGGGGAAGUUACAAUCCGAGGAACCCGGAUCACGUACUUGCGGCGCUGUCCUUUCGUCUCUCUUUAGACGUCUGUCUUCAGAACCCCAGAACUCUCUCUCACAAGGACUGCUGUGAAUGCUUUCAUGAGAGUGGUUAUGUUCAUGAACCACGAGACGGGAAUGCUAGACACAGUGACGCCAUCAGAGCCAAUUUUAGUCAAGGCAGCAAUGGAGCAUCUCUGCAGCAGGUCGGUCAAUUGGAGAAGGAGCAUUGA